UUGUCUCCCUAGCUGCUCUUCGAAAUUUCUACUUGCAUGAAGUGGUUGAUAAAGUAAAGCAUUUAAAGCAAUAUUGAUCGUCAUGAUGUCAAUGAGCCAACGAUGUUCAAGAGAGGAAAAAGACCGUCGUGUAACACUUGAUGAUACUGGCGGAAGGCGAACAUUAAAUGAUGCACUUAAAGUUUCGGUGGUUGCAUUAAUGGUAAUUGCUCUACUGCUUCUAAUGAAUCAGAUACUGAUUAUUGGUCUGAGGAUAGCAGUGUACCUUCUUAUUUUGAACAAACUAUUACUAUUAUUUGCACUGGUGGAGAGACAGGAGAGUCUUGCUGAAUCAUCAGAAAAUACAGAUGCUUCUAAACUAAAGAGAAAGACAUGUUGGGAGUGCUUCUGUUUGCGAAUCAAGGCGUUAGCAGUAAUGGAGACACAAUGUACUAAUCUGUUCCUUAGCUAUGUACACACUUUUAAUCUCAAAGAACACAUUUGCCUUCUACAGGAAAACAAGGUAAAAUUUUCAUUCAGCACAGAUGAAAAUACUCCACAGUCCACUCGAAAGAAUGACCACCCAGGAGACGAAUCAGAUCAUUCAGAUGAUCAGUGCUCUUACCUUCCCAGUAAACUUCCCCCCCCUGGAACGAAAGUCCCGCUUGUCGAGUCCAGUUUAAUGCCAGAUGAUUUAGAUGGUGCCCGCCAAUUAACCGCGUCCGCGGUAAAUGAUGUUAACCCGAAUAAAUUAGCAACUAUUGCAUCACUUGUUGCUGAAUUUGGUGUUGGAGAAAAUGAAGGUGACCGCAUUCGUUGUCAGAAUACCCCGGAAACGUUUGGAAAAGAUCCCUCUGCAAUGCCAACACGGAUUCUCAACAAUAUAAAGAAUGCCAGCAAAGCGGUUGGGUAUCUUGUGUGUGGGAACUAUAAAGCUACCUGCUGGUUGUUAGCCGAAAAUAUUAUCAUAACUUGCAAACACGUAUUCCUCGAAAUAGACGAAUUCAGGAAUGGGAAAACUAACUCAACUUUAUAUGAAAACAUCUACGUGAACUUCGAAUACGAAUGGCCUGGGGAGUUGCAAUUGAAGCGAAGGGAAAUUGAUCUAGGAAGAAGUCCUGUCUGCUUUGGCAAAGCCGACGGUCUGGACUAUAUUAUCCACCAUUUGAAGCCCAUCCCACAAGAAUCCUCUACAAAGAUAAAACAACCUACACCACUGCGUUUGCAAACAAGGUCGAGAAUUCCGCCAAAAGGCCAGGUUAUUUUGGUAGGCCAUCCUGACGGGCUGGAUAAACGCUUCGAAGUUUGUACGAUCGUACCGAAGGAAAAUCGUAACGAGUCUAUUUGUGAACGCGUAGGAGAAGCUGUAAAGUGUUGUCAAUCUGACCCAUCAAGAUGCCGAUAUAAAAUCGGUCCGUUUGUUUCAUGCGUCCACGAUUACAGUGACGGAAUACUGACGGACAACCAUUACCGAGAAUUGGCGUAUCAUACGAGUUUUUAUGAAGGUUCCAGUGGCUCUCCUGUGUUAAAUGACGAUGGUCAUAUCAUAGCUAUGCACACAGGCGGCUACAAAUACAAAAAAGGUUCAAAGAAAGAAAGCCUGAUGGAGUUUGGACUCCCGAUAAGAACUAUUUAUGAAGAUGUGGUAGCGCAACUAGGUCAAGAAAAUGCAACGUGGUUGUUUCCGAGCAUUUUCAAUUUCUAUUAAAAAGCAGUCAAUUCA